AUGCGCUCCAUCGCCGGCACACGACCAUUUUUUUCUUCAUUGAAGAAGUUAACGCCAAUCGCCAGGCAACCCCCGAGGUACUUCCGAUUUUAUUCACAGUCAAGGAUGGCGUCUAUCACAGUCCACAACUCUCUAAAGCCCGGUCCGCCGGUGCCCUUCGUACCCAAGACCGACGGCAAAAUCUCGUGGUAUGCUUGCGGGCCAACAACCUACGACCUCAGUCACUUGGGCCAUGCCCGAAACUAUCUAUCCAACGACAUCAUUCGCCGUAUAUUCCAGGACUACUUCGGCUACGAAGUCAACUUUGUGAUGAACUAUACUGAUGUCGACGACAAGAUCAUCAUCAAAGCCAGGAGACAGCGCUUGCUUGACUUGGAAAAAGAGAAGUCGUAUACCCCCGAGCAGCUCCGAGAACUCGUCUCCAAGGCCUUCCAAGCGUAUGCUCAAAGCAAUCUUCCCCUCUUGGUAACCCAGGGUCAACCGGAGUUGGAUGAGAACAAUUACCAGGCGCGUAAAGAUGCCGCGUACGGUCAGGUUCUUGCAGGAGGGACCCUCAGUGGAGAGGGUAGGCCAGGGGACGCCGAGGCCAAGAUCAAGAUGCACCUGAACAACAUGGACUCGGCAGCCAAGUCCCUCCAGACUUCCUCCGGCUUUGACGGUGCUGAAGAUAUUCUGCUUCCCUAUCUCGAUUCUCUGUACAAAGAGACGAUCGACACCAGCGAUCAGACCAUCUUCACUGACCUCACUCAGAGGAUGGAAAAGGCCUUCAACGAUGACAUGGCAGCCUUGAAUGUUCUGGAGCCUACCGCCGUCACGAGGGUGACUGAAUAUGUGCCCCAGAUUGUGUCCUUUGUCGAGCAAAUCAUUCAGAAGGGGUUUGCAUAUGAGGCCGACGGCUCAGUCUACUUUGAUAUUGGUGCCUUUGAGAAGGCUGGGAAUACCUACGCAAGACUGCGCCCGGAGAGCAGAAACGACAAGGCCCUGCAGGAGGAAGGAGAGGGCUCUCUUUCCAAGAGUUCAGGCGGCCAGAAAAAACGCGACGCCGAUUUUGCACUGUGGAAGCAGAGCAAGCCCGGUGAGCCAUACUGGCCCAGCCCCUGGGGUCAGGGGAGACCUGGCUGGCACAUUGAAUGCUCCGUGAUGGCCUCUGAUAAGCUCGGCGACAACAUGGAUAUCCAUUCGGGUGGCAUUGAUCUUGCCUUCCCUCACCAUGACAACGAGCUGGCUCAGAGCGAGGCCUUUUUCCACCAGUGCGGCAAGGGCGAGCACACAUGGGUCAACUACUUUUUGCAUAUGGGUCACCUUUCAAUUGCCGGCAGCAAGAUGAGCAAAAGCUUGAAGAACUUUCAAACAAUCCAAGACGCGCUGGCUACCACAUACACAGCGCGAAACAUGCGCAUCGUCUUUUUGAUGGGCCGAUGGAACGAUGGUGUGGAGAUCUCGGGAGAUAUGCGCAAGCAGGCCGAUAACUGGGAGAAUACUGUCGACAACUUCUUCACCAAUAUCAAGGCUAAGCUUGCCGAGGUUGAUGCGCCAACCGAUGGUGUCAAGUACCUGUCUCUCACAGGCGCCGGAAACAGUCUCAUUGAGGACCUUGAGCAAGCGAAGAAGGACCUCGAUGUGGCACUUCGCAAUUCCUUCGACACUCCUGGUGCCAUGCAAGUGAUCCUGCGCCUGGUCCGCAACGCCAACAUCUACAUGAACGACAAGGCAAAGUCAUCUAAUCUUCAGCCUGUCGAGGCGGUGGCCCGCUGGGUGACAAAGAUCGUAGGUAUCUUUGGCCUGGACGCUACCGCAAAGCCACCCUACGAUGGCCUCGGCUGGGGGUCAUCUUCUGCUACCGCUGCGGAUGACAUCGACCCCCAAACAGCGAUCAAGCCCUACGCUGCUGCGUACGAGAAGGUUAAAGCCGAUGUUCAAUCGCUUCACCUCUCUGCCUCUUCGAUUCAAUCUGCUCUCGAGCACUCCCCAGACGCCGAGUUUGCUGAAGUAGAGAAGAGUGGCGAGAAGGACGUGGAGAAGUUGGCGCUGCCAUAUCUUCGUGCCACUUCCCGUCUCCGCGAUGAGCUACGGGCCAUCGUCCCAACCCUUGCUUCAGAGCCUCAAAUCAAGCAGGCUGUUCUCGCCCUCAGUGACCGUAUCCGCGACUAUGACUUGACCGACCUUGGCGUACAGCUCGAUGAUCAAACCGAUAAGCCGAGUCUCAUCAAGUUUGUGCCUGCUGCCAAACUUAUCGCUGCGAGAGAGGAGAAAGCGUCCCAGCUUGCUGAGAAGGCUAAGCAAAAGGAGGAGGCCCGGAAGGCUAGAGAGAAGGCCGAGGAGGAGAAGUGGGCCAAGGCCAAGGUGGCCCCGCAAGACAUGUUCAAGGACGACCCCAAAUAUACCGAGUGGGAUGCUGACGGUCUGCCGAUAAAGCUGGCCGAGGGGGGUGAGCCAGUGCCCAAGAGCCAGGCUAAAAAGUUGAAGAAGGACUGGGACAGGCAGAAGAAACUGCACGAAGAGUAUCUUGCCAAGUUUGGAGGCAAGGCGUGAGUCAGCUAUCAGCUGCAGUUUAGACGACUAGGUAUCUCUGCCUACUUUUCGGGGUGAAAUAGAAAACUCAUGUUGUCGCUGUUAGCUGCCUUGAAAUAGUGAAUUGAGCCGACACACAAUCGAAAUCAAAGUUUGAAUACAAACUCGCCCCUAAGCCCUGAACGCCGCGCAUGCUCUAAAGGAACCCAACCCAGCCGUCUAUCUCUCCUCGCCAAGUCUUAUGUACACUGCUAUAUCAACGACGAUAACCCGCAACUACAUGAUUAACCCCACCACCAAAGCUCCCACAACAGCUUUCCAUACAUCGAUUUUGAGAGAAUAAGCCUUGGACUGUCCGGUUGGGUUGAUCCCCAGCGGGCCCGUCCCGCUCACCCUUGUGGCCACUGGGCCGGGCCCGAUAUCGAUACCUGUGGGUCCCACACCGGUGAAGGUCGCCGUAGGGCCACGUUCAGCAGUGACAUCCAGAUUAUUGUUCCCAGACGUCGGUCUUGGAGGCGGUGCCGUGCACCGGCCUGUCGCACUGGGCACAGCAUCUGGCCCCGUGCUGAUGGCAAUGAUGUUGCUUCCACAAUUCGCCGCCUGAGCCAGGUGCAAGUUUCUGUUGUCUUGAUCAAACACCACGUAGGCCGCUCGCAGGAAGGUGUCUCCCAGCACCGGCUCCCCGUCGUCAUCUGGGAGCACGCCCAGCACGCAGUACCCCUGAACGUGCCAGAUGAAAUCGUUGAAGGGCACGUUGAUCACUUUAUCCCCAAAGUAAAAGUCAAUGGAGCCUUCCAGAUCAGCAACAUUGCAGUCGAGGAAAUAGAAACCGGUCGAGGGGUCGUAUUGGGUGUCUGCGAAGCUGGAGGCGAAGGCUUGGUAGAUUCGUCGGGGAAGUCGGCUGAGUGUUCCGCCCGAAUCGAGGAAAACAGGGACUUCAAGCUCUUGUGAUCUUUCGACUAGACCGUCGGGGUAUGUUAGUCCCACGCCGCUCAUGGUGACAUAGUAUCUGUCCGCUCCCCUUGGAGUUUGGUUCUGAGGCAGCAUAGGGAGCUUGGCUAGAGAUCCGAUGUAUUUUCCAGUGUCCACGCCGCCAAAGAUGAGCGCUCCCUCGGGGGAGUCGACGGUUCUAAGAUCCAUGCUGAAGGCUCGCGAGUCGAUCAACUUUUGGUCUUUCAUCGUGUCGAGAAUGUAAGGAUACUCGUUGACUCCUCGAAUAGGGGGUGAGAGGCCAAGGAUUCCCAGGGGGAUAUCGUGGGACUCGAGGGCUACGCCGAUGACCUGGUUUCUAACCGUGGCCCCUGUCAUGUGGAAGAUCAACAUAUGUCACAGCUCGGACGAGAGCAUGGCGUUCCAGCAAGAGAUUCAGACGCACCUCCAAUUUUGACACUCUCUCUAACAUAUUGUAUUGUCGCAUUCCCUUUCCCAUACACGAGGAUGUCGGUCACGCGCGUUGCGUUCAGACUUGAGCUCUUCCUCCAGUCGUAGACCGGAAACGAUCGACAGUCGUCAGGCACAUUGGCAGUGUCACAUGUUGGGUUCACCCAAGUGUCUGGCGAGCCAGUAUCCAGGAUCAGCGUCAGUUUUUGCCCGGGUGUCCCGACCUCUAUGUCGACGCCGUAGCGGGUUCCGGUGAACUGGUUUUCAAUGGUAACUUCAUUUUGUCGGCCUCGGAUCAGUUUUGGUGGCGCUGGGUUGGGCAGCACAUUAAGCGGGGAGCGGAUGAAUCCUUCGCCGCGUGUUACGAGCGAAGGGUUUUGCUGUCUGGAGCUGUCCGGCGGUGCGGAGAAAUCAUGUGCGGAGGCAAGGACAGGGGCGGCACUGAGGAGGAAUCGAAGGGGUAUCAUGUUGAGAAAUAUAAUUAUGUACUCCAGGCUCAGAUGAGAGCUUCUGGCGGGAGAAGAAGAGAUCUACACGGAGAAGGGUCACCCCAAAAAGAUGGAAGACUGACAUCGAGGGUCCAUCUUUGGUGAUCGGCUCGGCUGAUUCGAGCAAUAUAUGCGGUCUUCAUGUUACCCUGGACAUGCAUCUUCCAUGCCGGAUUCGUCACACCCUCCCCGAGUUUCCUCGAAGCUGGAGAUGGGCCAUGGCUAAUGGCUGGGAGGCAAUAACGAUGCAUAGUAUUGAUCUCCGAUUGGAAGGAAACAAGCCGGAUGGAGAACGAGGGGGUCUGCGGAGCACGCUGAAUGGACAAAAACGAGAUGUGGCGUCUUGGUUGUGUUGCGCGAAGGCUUGCAGCUGAAAAGUUGGCAGAGCCUCGUCAGCCAGUGUCUGCAUUGUUGACCGAUCCUCGCGGAGGCCACAACCAAGGACGACUGCGCCUCUCAAUGCACUGCAUCUCUGGCAUGAGUGCAGAAUUGAGCAGGAGUUGCGCGAUGGUUUAACCGAGGGUAAAGAGCCCGAAUACGUGAUACUCAGGAAAACUCUUUCGCAUAGAAGGGUGCUCUGUCGUUGACGAUGCCCAGGAGAGAGAAUCAUGUUUGGCAUCUUAACCCCGCAGGGGCUGAAUAGGUACCCCAGUUGUUUGCCAGGAGCAAAGAGGGGAUGGGUGCAUCAACGGGAGAAAGAUAGCCCACAUAUUUACUAUUUUGAACCCUAACUCCCCCGCUAGCAGAAUAGCUCAAAACUUAGCUCCGGUAGAAAGUUCCAGCGACGAGCUUGUUUCAACCUCGUCUCCGCCGUCGCUACCGGACACUGGCACCAGCACAGUGGAUGUUGCCGCAACGCUUUCAUCAGCCACCCGAAUCAUCACAAGUUCCCCAGGCCGUUGAUGUUCGGAGUACCCGAUGAUCAACACAUAUCGAACUACGGAAUAUUAGUCAACUUCAGCACGAAUCCCCAGACAGUAGGCCGUGCCGAUUCAUAUCCGCCUGCGCCUUUGUAAAUGGCCGUGACAACGGCCAUGUGUCUUAUGGACUUAGCGAAGUGGUUUAUAAUCAUCAAGUCCCAUGAAAACUACGACUUGGGAUGAAGCUUUCUCUUGAAUAUGCAAAUCCACUCUGGUAUUUAUCCCAAGCCCAUAUUCUCACAGACGCGACCGGUGGGAUAAAGAGCAAUCUCGAGACCGGCUGGAAGACAAUGCCCCAGCAAGUGCAAUGGUGAAGGACAAUACCAUUACAAUUGACACACUAUGCAACAAGCGUCUCAUUUUAGGGACAGCUAGGGACUUGCAACCAGGUUCCGGGUUCUCAACGCUCCGAAUUAAAUUCAAGCCAAACCCCGUCUGAUGCAAGCGCGUCCUCGGCCAAAGCCGUCAGCGGACCCCCUGGCGCUAUGGGUAGCACGUGUGGGAAGUGGCGAACUUUCUCCUUGCUGUUUAUUUACCCCAUAGUCCAGCACAACUCAUAGGAGUUGUCUUCCAAGUUCGAGUAUAUGGAACUUGAAGACCGGACCGUCGUGAAACAUUGCGACCCAUACCAUCAGCUUGAGAUUUCUGUGCAAGCAGCUCCUGAGUCUAUGACAUGAGCAACACGAUGCAUAUCUUUAUAGAUCUGUCUGGGAAUGGCAGUCCAGCAGCAAGUUCUUCCGCUUUGACACCAAAAGCCGAGGACAUUCAUUAGUCAUCUACAACCCGUGCCGAAAAUCCUGGCUUCCGACCUUCGAGGCAUGUGCGCUGGGGUAGAUCUCACCCUCGCUAUUGGCAACGACGCAAUGCGGUCGCUGGACUCGAACACAUGCUCUCCUACACAGGCAAUGCAUAUGGUGGAAGUCCGGAGCGGUUGAAGGGACAGGCGGAUGUCGAGCAAUCACCUCCCAAUGACGCCGGAGUUGGAACGGAGACCCAAACCAAUGAACCCCGGUCAUUACAGACGGUCGACUCCCAAGACACACAUCCUGCUGUGUCCAUGGGGAAAAGCAGCCCAUGUUCUUUCCCUGCCUUGGUAUUGCGACCAAUCUCAAAAAGAACAAGAUCAGUCCGCCGUGACGAUAUCCUUCGUCGAAGAUCCAGUCGCUCACUGCCCUGCCCUCAUGGAGUCAGCAGUGGUCGGACCACAAGGAUCAUUUGAUCUAGGGCCUUGCCAGGAGGAGGAGCCAAACCAACCACCCCUCUGAGUGUACCGUAUCUCUGGAUAUUUGCCUUUCGUGAACGGAGACCUGUGCAGCUGUUGUCGUGGUGAAGGAGUAUUUGGUCACGUCAAGGGCUAGAUGGAGAGCAGUUUCGGCAGUUGCGGUUCAAUUACAAAUCCUGGAUUAUCAAGGUCAUUUGUUGGUUGUAUUGUUGGGGGUAUGUUGUACCGAAUUUGUGUACUGUGAUUUUUGUUAUCAUUUGGGUGUUGUUUCAUGUCCUCGAUCCCUUUGGAACCCCUGAUUAUCGUCGUGACGGUUAAGGGCUUACGGCUGGGUACAGGCGUAGGUCACAGGUAAAAUAUUGAAUUGUCGGAUAAAGCAGAAAAGAAAAGGAAGGUAAAAGAGGUACAAUGCCCACGAGGUCCCCUUAUACUUCUCAAACCCUCCGGACUUCCUGCCAAAUGUAUGGAAUUUCCACCAGAAUUGUCCGAAUAUCCUACGUCAAGUGCAAACCUCACACGUCAACCGUCACCACGUCACAAUAGCCCUAACCCGGAUAUAAUCCCAUAACAGUGGCAACAUGAACAGUGUAAACACAACAACUCACGAACUAACUCACCUUGACAUAAGAGCGUCACAUGACUUUGAUGCAUGGCAAUACCGGAGAUCUGAGGUUCAUAUGAUCUCAAUAGGAAAACAUCCUUGGAGGUUUUCUUAAGUCCGUGAGGCUCGCAGAGGAAUUUUAUUUUGGCGAGGGUCAAAGUCUGUCCCUGGCAAACUCGAAGUCACGCCAACAAGGGAGCUCAAUUGCAACUAUUCAUCUCGAGCUUGUGAUGCAGCACAGCCUCUUCUUAUCCUCCAAGACGCAGGCACCAGCAAAUCGCAAGAGCAGCGGGACUGCAGAUCACGACAGCGCAGCACUAACUGUUAGGAUCUCAGCCCCUG